CCGUGCGUGGAAUCGGGAGCGAGUGUGGAGCAAACACUCUUUUAAACGGCGCUCCCACACGAGCGCCCCGUCGCCUCUGUCGCGCGUCCCCGCCCCACCCCUCCGCCUCGGUCGGCAAAGGAAGCGUCCCGCGGCGUUGGGCUCGGAAUCAGCUGAGCGUGUGGAUCCCGCCCCACUGUGACUGUCACUCCGGGACUCCGGGGGAUGUUUGGAGGCACUGUCCGUCUCGCGCACACGUACACAAACACCAGGUUUGCCGCGUCGCUCAUUAUUGGACCCGUGUUCCGGCGAAGGAUGCGCCACGAAAACCGGCUCGCGGCUUUGAAACGAGUCUGAUCCUGUUCAUCCUGGGAUUGUCUCGCGGGUGAGUCACUGAUGCACCUGAUAGCUAAUUCUAUUAACGGCUAUGGAGCCUGUACGAACGGCGACGCCAACGGCUGGGUGUCCACCUAAACGAAUGGCGACCUGGACGUUUAAAUGCAUAUUGAGCUGAGCAUGCUGGGAGCAGUCUGAUACACCAUGGAUCCUGAGGAGCUGGAGCUGCAGAAUGACUACCGCUACCGUAACUAUGCAGCCGUCAUUGAGAAAGCGCUGCGGAACUUUGAGUCUUCCAGUGAGUGGGCAGAUCUCAUCUCCUCUCUUGGAAAGCUCAACAAGGCUCUGCAGAGUAACCUCCGCUACUCACUUCUGCCCAAGAGACUGAUCAUAGGGAAGCGCCUGGCCCAGUGCCUGCACCCGGCCCUGCCCAGCGGUGUACACCUCAAGGCCCUGGAGACCUACGAGGUCAUUUUCAAAAUCAUUGGAACAAAAUGGCUGGCCAAGGAUCUGUUUAUUUACAGCUCAGGAUUGUUUCCGCUGCUGAGCCACGCAGCCAUGGCAGUGAAGCCCGUGCUGCUGGCGCUGUACGAGCGCUACUAUCUUCCUCUGCAGAGGGCUUUGCUUCCCAGUCUCCAGGCCUUCAUAACAGGACUCCUGCCAGGCCUCGAGGAGGGACUGGAGGUUUAUGACAGGACUGAUGCACUGCUGGUCAAGCUGUCAAUGCUGGUGGGUCAGCAGGUCUUCUAUGGAGCCCUGUGGGGUAGCAUGCUGGUCAGUCCAAUGGUGCGGCUGCCUGCCUCAGUCUUCAUUGUCACACAUUUUGACCGCAUGGUGCCCCUUCGCCAGCAAGCGCACAUGCUAGGCUAUGACCACCGCUUAGUGGUGAAAUCAGUGUGUCUUUGUCUGCAAGACUCAAAUGUCCUGGUGCAGAGGAACAUGCUGGAAAUCCUGCUCUACUUUUUCCCCUUUGCCUCAUGUCUGGACCCAUCGGAAGCUUGUAUUGCUAUGAGUGUUGAAGACAUGACCACAGUGGUGUCCUCUUCUUCACUCACACUGCUUCGCAGAGACAUGUCCCUUAACAGACGCCUCUACGCCUGGCUAUUAGGAACAAACAUAAAAGGAGAAAUGGUAGCUCCACAUCCCACUCUGUCCGCUGCUGUGGAGGAACAUAUGUCUUACUACUUCAACACCUACUCCAAAGAUUUCCUUGUACAGGCUUUGAUUAACAUCCUCAAACAGAAAGAUGUGGCAAACGACCCAGACAAUGUCAUUGGAUACCUAAGGCCCUUUCGCAUCAUCAUCAGUCUGUUGGAUAAACCAGAGAUAGGUCCAGCUGUCUUGAGCAGUGUGCUGUUGGAGGUGGUCCGAGCCUUCUACAGCUACUGCCGAGAGAUGCUGGGACAGGAACUCGCCGCUAACUCUGGGCUCUCCGGCAACCUGCUAGCCAGCAAGAUAAAGGAGAAUAAAAAUGCGUCGGAGAUCAUCAAGACCGUGAAUAUGCUUGUGAGCUCCAUGAACAGUGAAUACCUGUGGGAGUACAUGACUCGGCGCUUCUGCACUUCCCUCGGUGAUAAAAAUGACCCACCAACACCUCCUCAGCAAGACCGCAGUCAUUCUGCUCCCUCUGUCACAGAGAUGUCUAAUCUCAUCAUUUUCCUUCUUGAUGUUCUUCCUCUGGAACUCCAUGCCGACAUUCCGUCCCAGUUUCUUCCUGAGAUGCUGGGAAUCAUGUUGCAGACCCUGCGCAGCCAAAUGGCCACUGUUAGCCUGGAGGAUGUCACGCAGGGCCUGCGUGCCUGCUUCAAAGUCCUGAGUAAGAUCCAAAUGCCCGUGGCUUAUAUGGAUACAGAGACAAGGGCACAGACAGAGGAGAUGGAAUUACCAACACCAGAGGAGGAAGGGAAAAAAACUCAGGAUUUUGAAAAGGAGGGAGAGAAAAAUGGCAGCAUUGACCAGGACAUUGGUCUGGAUGGAGAGGAAGCACUGAACAGAGAUGGAGAUGAAGCAGAGCCCGUAAAUGGAAAAUAUCCAGCCCUCAGGUCUGAAGACAGCGGAUUGGGAAUCAGCGCUUCACCUUCAGAGCAGCAUCUCCCACCUUGUAUAGGGAGGAGGUUCCAAGAAAAUGAUAUGUAUAAAGGCGGCGAGGGAGUGUGGAGAAGAGGAGGCAGCGUAGACACAAUGACACAGUGUCUGCAGGACAUCCUGGCCUUCAUAAGCACAAGAUACUUGCUGGUUCAGGUGGAGGAUGUCAAGGCACCAGAGGACAAACUCCAGCCUGAGCCAACAGUCUCUUCUGUGGAUCAGAAAACUUUGCUGGCGAAUCUCGGGGGGCGUGAAAUUAAAGACAAGCUGACCGGUUUGUUCACUCCGAACAAACGUAAAGCUCGCCCUACAGCUGACGUCCAGCUGUCUGCAUCGCCUAACGAGAAGACAAAGGCACGGGAGCAUGUAGGCCUUCUGGACUGGUCCGCGGGCUACAUGCCACGAGGCAAGGCUGAGAUCUCUGAGGCCUGUCGCCAGGCCUUCACUGCCACCUGCCACCUGUUGCUGGAGUGCACCACCUUCCCUAUUUACCUAAGCGAGGAGGAGACUCUGGCCCUUCACACAGACAUGUUUGGUCAGACAGGCAGUGAAGUGGAGAGCCUGCCACUGUGGCUGAGGGCCUUGAUGAUGCUCUGCUGCCUCUCCAGGGACUAUAACAUCCAACACACAGCAGUGGCCUCCCUCUUGGAGCUUAUUAACCACUCCCAGUCCUUAGCACUGGUCAUUCAGGACAAGCACAGACGCUACCAAACCUCUGACUCCAACCCUCUGAGUGGGCGUCUGCAGAUGGUCACUGUGCCGCCUGUCGCCCCUGCUGUGCUUCAGGCGAUUGAGGACGAUACUGAUUUCUAUCAGAGGGUUUCCCAGGUACUUUGGAGCCAGCUGGACGUGGAGCGGAGAGAGCAGCACAUUUCCUGUGUGGAACUCUUUUACAGGCUUCACUGUUUGGCACCAUCGGUGUCCAUCUGUGAAGACAUUAUCUGCCAGGCACUGUUACACAAAGACAAGGCUGUUCGGCUAGAAGCACUACACCGCUUCACAGUUCUGUGGCACCUGACUCGAGAGAUCCAGACAAACCGGACCAUGUCUCUCAAUCGCUCCUUUGACCGCUCCCUGUGCGUUGUGGUGGACAGUCUGAGCUGUACUGAUGGCUCCAUAAGGGCAGCAGCUCAGUGCUGGCUUGCCAGGGCUCUGUCGCUCAGUGACGUGAUUCGAAUCCUGGAACCGAUUCUGUUGUUACUGCUUCAUCCCUCCACUCAGCGCUGCUCCAUUCAGAGCGUCAAACAAAAUCUCACUGCUGGUAACCUGAAGGUUCUAAGCAACAGAGGUAGAAGCUCGACCAAAACUUCAGAGACAUCUGCAUUUGCCAUGGUGACAGAGGUCACAACCCUAAAUUUGACCAACAUUGUAAAUCGUGAAUCCUUGUGGGCAGAAUUAGAAAGUGAUCCAGAGCUGGCAAGACCACCGGAUGAUUUAGUGGUAUCAAGGAGUGAGAGUGAGGAGACUGAAGAGGAGGAGGAUAGAGUGGGCGAGGAGGAAGAGGCUGUAAGUGAACACACGGAGUCAGCUGACACCAGUGGUCCCCAGGUAUCUACUGAGAACUCCAGCUCCGGCUCCCUCCCCUACCCCAGCACUGAGGAAGGAGCCAUAGUUAACGGCCUACGGAGGGCAGAGUCCGAACACACACAGGCAUCCGACUCGUUGUCAAGUGAGGAUGAGGAGGACUUGGAGCUGGAGGCCAUGGCCAGGUCUCGCCUGUUAAAGCAGGAGCGUGAGAAGAGAGAGGCCAUAGACUCUUUGUUCAGGCAUGUGUUGCUGUAUCCUGUGGCAGGUGGUUGGCGCCAUCUGCUACAAGGCCUGGCCCUGCUAGACAGCCUGCUGCGGAGCAGCACCGAGUGUCCUCUGGUGGACGCUCUCUCCUCCACAUCUCUGGAUACAAGUUCUGCUGCACAUUUAAACCUGGUCUCUAAUCUCCUGCAGCGCCACCAGCAGUCUCAGGAUGGCAACAACUUCUAUGGCUGCCUGCUUUCCCCUGCCUCCUCCCCCACCACACCCCCAUCCCUGCUUAUCGAACUGCUGGUGUCCUUGUGCCUGCAGUUCCUGCGCUCUCACUACCCCUCCUACCUCUGCCUGGGUCCACUAGACCUGCAGGGGAACAGAGAGGUUCAGGUGAAAAGUGUGGAGGUGCUGACAAGGAUGGUGAAUCAGCUUGGCUGCAUGGCACGGGGGCAAGGAGACAAUGGGGCCAGUCUAGAGCCAAUCCGCAAACUCCUCUCAGGGUGUAAAGUCCAGCAGUACGCUCUGCUUACACUUUCUGCAUCCAUGUACAUAAGCCAGAGGGGAACAGACAAGGGAGCACCCAAGAACGUGGAGCUGCUUGAUGAACAGGGGGGCCUGUCAGAGGAGAGCCUGGUGAAUUUAGGAACAGGAGGUGGCCAGGAACAAUACCCAUUACAAAUGGAAUUACUUAAACUCCUUCAGGCUCUCAUAGCGCUGGAGUACCAUGUGUGGCCCGGUGGGUUUGUCUCCUCAAAUGGGUCUGGUGGAGCAUCUGGCCAGCCCGGGGAGCCUCGUGAAUCCCCCACCGCUAGCACUCCCCUCGCUCGCGAAUGGCAAACGGCGGUACUUUUCCAGCAGUCCAUCAAGGCGGCGCAGUAUGUCCAAAGCCAGCCCAUCACAGCCCAGGGAAUGUUCGUGUCUGCCGCAGCCAGGGCUCUGCAGCCGCAGUACGGCUACGCAAUGCACCCGCACUGGGUGUCGCUGUUGUGCUCCUCGCUGCCAUACCUGGGACGUUCACUAGCGAUCAUUGUGACGCCGCUCAUCAAUCAGAUCUGCAAAAAUCUAGACGAACUGGUCAAACUGUAUGAGCACGAUGGAGGAAAGACAAAUCAGAGCCUGGGUGGUAGGAAGGAAAACAUAGCGCCUGACUACCCACUGACUCUGCUUGAAGGCAUGACCACCAUUACACACUACUGUCUGCUGGAAAACAAACGGUCUCUAGUCACCUGCGAUCCUGUAGAAGUCCGUAAUGCACGAAAUGCAGUGAUCGAGGCCCUACCCCACAUGCUCAGCAGUGUGGCAUUGUUGUGGGGCGUGGUCACAAGGGAGGAAUAUCAGAGGCGAGCAUGUGACUCGGGCCAGAGCAGCAAACACACUUCUACCACUGUGUACUUUAAAAGCACUAAGAUUCUACGGCAACGAAUUCUGGAAUUUCUGGUGCCUCUAACUGGGCAGUACGGGGUUCAGGUCAUGGCUUCGCUGGGAGCCGUGUGGAGCAGCAGGAAGAGUAAAAGGAGACCUAAAAACAAGGUUUUACCUGUAGCCGGCGAGUCUCGUCUAACAAUCGUGGACCUGGUGAAGUCCCUGAAUACAUUGCACACAGACACCAUCCUACAGCUGAUCAAAGAGGUGGUGAAGAAACCACAUCAGAUCAAGGGAGAACAGAAGUCAGUGCUGGUGGAUAUCCCCAUGUUGCAGUUCAGUUAUGCCUACACUCAAAGUAUUUCAGCCCAAGCACUGCAGGAAAAUGUUGCUCCUCUCCUCAGCCUGUUGCGUGAGUCUGUUCAGCUCAACUUGGCCCCACCUGGGCACUUCUUACUGAUGGGAAUCCUGAAUGACUUUGUCAAUAGACUCCCCAAUCUGGACAAUAAAAAGGACUCUCGCGAUUUACAAGAGGUGACUCAGCGGAUCCUCGAAGCAGUCGGUGGGAUCGCAGGAUCGUCGUUGGAACAGACCAGUUGGCUCAGCCGCAGCCUUGAGGUUAAAGUUCAGCCCCAGGUGUGCCCAGAAGCAGAUGAGCCUGAUGACACAGAUGUGGACGGUGACCAUCACGAGUCGAUGGCUCAAGCCAUGGUUUCCUCAGCUCCCUCCGUUUACAGUGUGCAAGCUCUGGUACUGCUAGCGGAGGUCCUGGCUCCACUUCUGGACAUGGUGUACCGCAGUGAUGAGAAGGAGAAAGCUGUUCCUCUGAUUUCUCGGCUCAUGUACUACGUUUUUCCCUACCUGAAGAACCACAGUGCCUACAACAUGCCCAGCUUUGAAGCGGGCGCUCAGCUGCUGAGCAGUCUGAGUGGGUAUGCCUACACCAAAAGGGCCUGGAGGAAAGAGGUCUUUGAGCUCUUCAUGGACCCCCUCUUCUUCACUAUGGAUGCAUCCUGUGCACCCAGUUGGAAAUCCAUUAUUGACCAUCUGUUGACUCACGAGAAGACCAUGUUUAAAGACAUCCUGAGUAUGCAGAGCAGCUCCCUGAAAUUGUUUGCUAGUGUUGACCAGAAGUCCAUGCUGCUGAAGCGCCAGGCGUUUGCCAUGUUCAGCGGAGAACUGGACCAGUACCACCUCUAUCUGCCCCUCAUUCAAGAGCGUCUCACAGAGGCUUUACGCACCAACCCCAGCCCUGCAGUCACCGCCCAGAUGUUCUUAAUGUUUCGGGUUCUCCUGUUGCGGAUCUCGUCCCAGCACCUGACAUCUCUCUGGCCAAUCAUGGUGACUGAACUGAUACGCACAUUUGUACGUCUAGAGAAGGUGUUGCAGGCAGAUAAAGAUGUCUCAAAGCUAACCAAAGUGGCGCGAGGUGCACUUGAAAAAAAUGGACCAGUGAAUUUCUCUCAGGCAGAGUUGGACAUGUACCUGUCAGCCUUCAAGUUUCUGGACACUUCUCUGGCUUUUCCUCCAGAAAUGAUACCAGUCUUUCAGAUGUAUCGCUGGGCGUUUGUUCCUGAGGUAGAUGUGAACCGCUACAGUGGUCCUGAGACUGCGCUCAUAGAGAGUGAGCAGGAAUGCACACCGCAUGUUGUCAGAGUACUGGAAGGGAUACAGCAACGAUAUGGGACUCUAAAUGGGCUGAGUGAGGAGUCUUCCACAGAACAUUUGCAGUUCCCCCUCCUCACUCAGUGCUCCUUGUCCUCCAUCACCCAGCUGCUGCCUUUCCUUCGCACCCUUUGUUGUUCCUUCCAGGUCCCUCCCCCUAACUCCCACCCUAUGCCCCACUUCCAAGUAGCAGAUUACCCACCAUCCAGUUCAGACACAGUGCUGAAGAGGCUGGAGCACAUAAUUGAAGAAGAGUUCCUGGACUCUGUGGAGAGUUAAAACUUGAACCAAAUGUUCUCUUUCAUGCGUUUAGCUUGCAGUCAUAUGGGUAGAACACCUGAAGUUGGCACAGCCACUGGCAAAGUUACUGUAAACUAGGGAAAAAGGAAAUGUUUAGGACUUUUUUUUAAUAUUUUAACUAAAUAAAAAGUACCUCUGAGGUGCUUGCACACUGAAUCUGUAUUGGAAAAACCAAAGGGAUCUUAUUGUAUUUACUUUAAUAGGCUAACAUAGAAAGAUAAUCAAUAUAGGUACAAGUAUUAAAAACAUUGUCACUAUAAGAUUUUUACACAUUGAGUUGUGUUUUUGCUUUAUAUCUUUUAAAAAAAUGAAUGCUAAAACAAUAAGUCACAAUAUUUCCAUAACCCAUACAGCCCACAAACAUAUUGUUGUAAUAUUUUUUUAGUUUGACAACCAACAACAGAUUCACUGUGAAGAACCUUAAUGAGGUCUUAUGACCUGUUCAGAACUGGUUAACCACACUUUCCAUGUACAAGCAUAAAACUGUCUGACUGAAUGUAAAGAUUAUUUGACUUCAAUAUGUUGCAAUAGAAGUAGCUUCUUGUACUGUUUCUCUAGGUUAUUACGCGACCUCACAGGUCGUCAUUAUAUAUGUUAAUUUUUCUGAGUAAGCUACUGAAUGUAAUUUGUGUACACCAGGAAAUCAACCUGGAUGUACGUAGGAAAGACGUUGCUUGCGACUUUUGGUGUUCCAGGGAAUUCAGCCUUUCUUUGUAGUUGUUCAUUGAUAGUUCUACUAUUGCCUGUUGUCUUUUCUUCCAAACUGCUAAAUAUGUAAAUAAUUUAUGUUGGAUGUUCCAUGGACAAUGUCAAGUUUGGAAUAAACAGAAAGGACCCUCAUUAAAAUAAAAUAUUAUGCUUAAA